CAUAGGAUCAAUGGUCAAUGGACAUGCGGUUUUGCAACAUUCUGAUAAAUUUUUCAUUUUUGUAAAUGGCUGUUUUCAGUAUUUGGUGAUCUUGAAAGGUUAACAUUCUGGUGCAUGAGUUUGCUUUUAAUACGCAUCACUUCUGAAACUGUUUUAACUGCACUGCAACAACGACUGAAUUGAUGGUACCUUCUGUAAAACUGUAAAACAUGACUGACGCUGAUUGCUCUCGUCAGGUUUCCGCGGUUUUCUCGGGAUUUGUUUGCCACCUGGAGAAGGAAGCCGAUAUUCGAGAUAACCUGAGAAUUAGCGUGAAGGAUGUGGAAAAGUUGAGCCGUGAGCUAAUCGUUGGUCUUUCGGAAAUCCAUUUGAGCCAGUCGGCGUCUCGAAUAGUGCCUGAAAUCUACAGUCAAGCCGAAGAUCGUCUGGCGAAUAUUCGAAAAGUCAUUCAAGAGCUGAUUGUCAAAGUUCCCUUGGAUCAGUACUAUGUGUUCCAUGAAAGCUGGAAAUAUGUAUUCCAGAAGCUGGUCCUGGGAAUCGCCUUGGUUGUUUAUCUGAAAGAAUGCCGAGUGGCUACAUUGGAGGAAGUUGCGCAAGCGAUUGGAGUGAAGAGUGACAGAAAGAAUGGAUUUCAUUUGGAUCUGGAAGAUUACUUGUUCGGUCUGCUGAACUUGGCCAGUGAACUGUCGCGAUACUGUGUGAACCGCGUGACUGCUGGCGACUAUAAAAGCCCCGAGAAAAUUUUCACCUUUAUCAGCGAACUGGGUUCCGGAUUCCGCUUGCUUAAUCUCAAAAACAACGAGUUGCGUCGACGUUUUGAUAGCCUGAAAUACGACGAGAAGAAAGUGGAGGAGGUUAUUUAUGAUCUCUCAGUGCGGGGUUUAUUGAAUAAAAGCAGCGCAUCUGGGGCGGUUGAGGAGAAAAGCGCUGAUUCCAGCUCGAUGCAAGAGUAAUUCGCUGAGAAAUGUUUCUUUUCGAGUUAUUCGACUGUAAGUAUUCCUGUUUCUCACGUUGCACAGAACUAAACAGUUUUGUUUUUUACGUAUGUGCUUUAGUUUCCUGCGUUUAAGACUGCGCUCUAACUGGACUGUCGUCAGUUACGAAUUUAAUUUAAUGAACACAUUUUUGUAACUAUUUUGCAACGACUUUUUGCUAAGUAUCAGGCUGGUCCAUAAAUCAAAAUAAACGAUUGAUA